CGGCGGCCGCGGCGUCUUCGGCGGCGCCCAGUGCAGGAUGGUGUUGGAGGCGCCGGCGGCGGCGGCCGUGGUGGCGGCGGCGUCGUGGGCGGCAGCGGGCGGGGGUGCUGUGGCGGCGGCAGCGGCGGCGGCGCCCGUGGGUGGUAGAAAAUGGCGGAUUUCGAGGAGUUGAGGAGUGGCUGUGCCAUUUUACAUCCCUACCAACAAUGUAUGGAGUGACCCAGUUUCUCUGCAUCCUCGCCAGCAUUGGGUGUUAUCACUGUUUUUCAUUUUAGUCAUUCUGAAUAUGGUUUCUAGUUUUAGAGUUUCUGAACUACAAGUGUUACUAGGCUUUGCUGGACGGAAUAAAAGUGGACGCAAGCAUGACCUCCUGAUGAGGGCGUUGCAUUUACUGAAGAGUGGCUGCAGCCCUGCGGUUCAGAUUAAGAUCCGGGAAUUAUACAGACGCCGCUACCCAAGGACCCUCGAAGGACUCUCUGACUUGUCCACAAUCAAAUCGUCAGUGUUCAGUUUGGAUGGUGGCUCCUCACCUGUGGAGCCUGACGUGGCCGUGGCUGGAAUCCACCCGUUGCCUUCCACAUCUGUUGCACCUCACUCCCCAUCCUCUCCUGUCGGUUCUCUGCUGCUUCAGGAUACCAAGCCCACUUUUGAGAUGCAGCAGCCUUCCCCCCCAAUUCCUCCUGUCCACCCUGAUGUGCAGUUAAAAAACUUACCCUUUUAUGACGUCCUUGAUGUUCUCAUCAAGCCUACAAGUUUAGGUGACCACAUGAUCCAGACAGGGCCUCAAGUUCUGGCAUGUACCCUGAUGAAUCCACUGAAGGUUGUGCCCAGCGUUGCAGUUCAAAGCAGUAUUCAGCGAUUUCAAGAGAAAUUUUUUAUUUUCGCUCUGACACCUCAGCAAGUUAGAGAGAUAUGCAUAUCCAGGGAUUUUUUGCCAGGUGGUAGGAGAGACUAUACAGUACAAGUUCAGCUGAGACUUUGCCUGGCAGAAACAAGUUGCCCACAGGAGGAUAAUUAUCCUAAUAGUCUGUGUAUAAAAGUUAAUGGGAAGCUGUUUCCUUUGCCCGGCUACGCACCACCCCCCAAAAAUGGGAUUGAACAGAAGCGCCCUGGACGCCCUUUGAAUAUCACGUCUUUAGUUAGGUUAUCUUCAGCUGUGCCAAACCAGAUUUCCAUUUCUUGGGCAUCAGAAAUUGGAAAGAACUAUUCCAUGUCUGUAUAUCUUGUACGACAGCUCACAUCAGCCAUGUUACUACAAAGAUUAAAAAUGAAGGGUAUUAGAAACCCUGAUCAUUCAAGAGCACUAAUUAAAGAAAAGCUUACUGCAGACCCUGAUAGUGAAAUUGCUACAACUAGCCUUCGAGUGUCUCUGAUGUGCCCUUUAGGAAAAAUGAGGUUGACAAUCCCAUGCCGUGCAGUGACUUGUACACAUCUGCAGUGUUUUGAUGCUGCCCUUUAUCUACAAAUGAAUGAGAAGAAGCCGACUUGGAUUUGUCCUGUAUGUGACAAAAAAGCUGCCUAUGAAAGUCUAAUAUUAGAUGGGCUUUUUAUGGAAAUUCUCAGUGACUGUUCUGAUGUGGAUGAGAUCAAAUUCCAAGAAGAUGGUUCUUGGUGUCCAAUGAGACCGAAGAAAGAAGCUAUGAAAGUGCCCAGCCAACCAUGUACAAAAAUAGAAAGCUCAAGUGUCCUCAGUAAGCCUUGUUCUGUGACUACUGUAGCCAGUGAGGCAAGUAAGAAGAAAGUGGAUGUUAUUGAUCUAACAAUCGAAAGUUCUUCUGAUGAAGAGGAAGAGCCUCCUGCCAAAAGGAAAUGCAUCUUUAUGUCAGAAACACAAAGCAGCCCGACCAAAGGGGUUCUCAUGUAUCAGCCCUCUUCUGUAAGGGUGCCCAGUGUGACCGCGGUUGAUCCUGCUGCUGUCCCGCCUUCAUUAACAGACUACUCAGUACCAUUCCACCACACGCCAAUAUCAAGCAUGUCAUCAGAUUUGCCAGGUUUGGAUUUUCUUUCCCUUAUUCCAGUUGAUCCUCAGCAGUACUGUCCUCCUAUGUUUUUGGAUAGUCUCACCUCACCCUUAACAGCGAGCAGUGCAUCCGUCACCACCACCAGUCCCCAGGAGAGCAGUACUCAUGUUAGCUCCUCCGGCAGCAGGAGUGAGACGGGGGUCAUCACCAGCAGCGGGACUAACAUUCCUGACAUCAUCUCGUUGGACUGACGGACGUGCCCAGUCUCGGAAUCGUUCAGCCAAGCUGCUCACUCUUGGAUUGCUGGUCCAGCAGUGGAAGCGAUUUUUUGUUGUUGUUGUCGUCGUCAUCGUUGUUGAUACGAUUACUUUGAUAUUUAUUGAAACGUCAAGUGGAUUCUUUGCUUUCUGAGCAAUCCACCCAGAUGACUACAGCAGGAAUCAUGCCAUGCACCGGGAUGUUCCUUCACACCCUACUGUGAGCGUCAGAUCCAUUCAGCUCGAAACUGCGUCUUGGGGAGAAUCUCUUGAGUUCUUCCAUUUUCACGUUACUGGAUGGAUUCUACAAAGAGUUUUGAAAGUUUUUGUUGUAAUAAGCAGCAAUAAAGUUAUGUAAAUAUUUAAGUGGACUUUUUUUUCUAAUUAAAAGAUGUAAUUGAUGAUUCUAAAAUGACA